GGUGAGAGAGAAAGAGAUAGGACGAAGAGAAAAAAAGAAAGAAAAAAAAAAACAGCUUCUUCAAAGCGAGACCUACCUGAGUCGACUCGUUACGAGUUGAUUUUGUUCUCGAGCUUCUCGUCUUCUCCGUUGGUUGUGUUAAAUCUUAGCUCAUUUAUUAUUUUUUUCCUUUCUCGCGCCGACGCGUCAUUGGUCAUAUACGUCGUCGAGUCUGGUGAUUGUUAUGUUCCUGUCAUCUAGGUUUUUAAGUAUGGAAGCACGAGUCUAGAGUUCGAGGAUUGGUUCGUUUAAUGGUCGUUUGACUGCUUAAAGAGUAUAUUUGUUCUUGGAUUUGAGUCACCUGUCCUGAAGUUGGGAAGAACGUAUUUGUGCAGCCAUCGUUUAGUCGCAAAGGCUGUGUUUUUUUUUGCUGAGUUGAUCUCCACACUCAUGUCACGUAAGCUUGAUAGUCCUGUUCAGACGCAAAUGGCAGUGGCACUUGUAAAGAGUCCCUUGAGCGGGGAAUUUCGUGAUUUUAACAAGGUAGGAAUGAAGUCACCUGUGGGUCGUAGGCGAGUGUUUGUUCAAACAGAGACUGGUUGUGUACUGGGGUUGGAGUUGGAUCGUAGUGAUAAUGCGCACACAGUGAAAAGGAAGUUGCAGGUUGCUCUGAAUUUCCCCAUCGAGGAAAGCUCGUUGACCUUUGGGGAUUUGGUGCUUAACAAUGAUCUUACUGCUGUUAGACGUGAUUCUCCUCUCCUUCUAACUCGGAACAAUUUUCAUAGGAGUUCAUCCACUCCAUGCCUUUCCCCAAUGAGGGCUGACCUUCAGCAGCGCAGAGAUGAGAGCAGUCCUAUUGAAAUUCUUGGCAACUCUGUUUCUUUCUCCUUUGUGAGGCAAAUGGCAAAGGAUAUUACAAAAGCAGUGAAGAGGGGCAUUGAUCCUGUUGCUGUUCAUAGUGGGCUUGGAGGGGCCUAUUACUUUAAGAACAGCCGUGGAGAGAGUGUUGCAAUUGUUAAACCAACUGAUGAGGAGCCUUUUGCUCCUAAUAACCCAAAAGGUUUUGUUGGUAAGGCGCUUGGACAACCUGGGUUGAAGCGUUCAGUACGGGUUGGGGAAACAGGAUACAGAGAAGUUGCGGCUUAUCUCCUUGACAAGGAGCAUUUUGCAAAUGUUCCUCCCACUGCUCUUGUGAAGAUUACUCACUCUAUCUUUAAUGUCAACGAUGGAGUGAAGGCAAGCAAGCCCAUGGAGAAGAUGUUGGUGAGCAAGAUUGCUUCCUUGCAGCAGUUCAUACCUCAUGACUAUGAUGCUAGCGAGCAUGGAACAUCGAAUUUUCCUGUUUCAGCUGUACACCGUAUAGGGAUUCUUGACAUUAGAAUCUUAAAUACAGACAGGCACUCUGGGAACCUUCUGGUUAAGAAACUAGAUGGUGAUGGAAUGUUUGGCCAGGUGGAGCUAGUUCCAAUCGAUCAUGGUCUUUGCUUGCCUGAAACUCUAGAGGACCCUUAUUUUGAGUGGAUUCAUUGGCCACAGGCAUCAAUCCCGUUCUCUGAAGAUGAGCUGAAGUAUAUAGCAAAUCUGGAUCCUUUUGGAGAUUGUGAGAUGCUGCGAAGGGAACUUCCAAUGGUACGAGAGGCCAGUCUCCGUGUUCUAGUUCUCUGCACAAUUUUUCUCAAAGAAGCUGCUGCUAAUGGUCUAUGUUUGGCCGAAAUUGGUGAGAUGAUGACUAGAGAGGUUCACCCUGGAGACGAGGAGCCGAGUGAGAUUGAAGUCGUUUGUCUUGAGGCUAUGAGUUUGAUAGGAGAGAAGGAAGCUGAGUCCCCAAGAUCAGACUUGGGAAAUGAUGUUGAAUUUCAGUUCGAUAUAGAUUGUGAGGAAGCAACAGAUUCUACGAAAAAACUAGCAUUCCCACUCGGACUCACUUUUGGAAAUACUCGUAGUCUGUUGUCAAAGGUAGAAGAAACAACAGAGGGGGAGGAAGAAGAAGAAGAUGAAGAAGACGAAGAGGUGGAAGAGAAUGAUAGAGAUGAUAUAGAGAAAAUGCCGACGAUUACCAAGCUUUCAAUGUCUCUCAAAAGCACUCUUCUUGGCGAGAAGAGCCAGAAGUAUCAGAAACACCCAGGAGCAAGAGUGGAAAGUGCAUAUGCAUCAUCUGCGCAUAGGAGUGCGGAUGAACAGAUCCCCUCAAGCACUAGCUUUGUGAAGCUGGCAGAUAUGAGUGAAGAGGAUUGGACGAUGUUCCUGGAGAAAUAUCAGGAGCUGCUUUAUCCAGCAUUUGAAAAGCGCAAGUCGAUAACUUUAGGACAGAAGCAGAGGCAGAGGCUGGGAACUUCGUGUCAGUUUUGAGAUGUCAGAGACUGAAGAAGAAACAGAAUAAAGGGUCGUGUAAAGUCGUUUCUCUAAGGGCUUUGCUCAGACUGGAUCGGUGGAAACACGUAAAAGAGUAGAGAAGAGUGAUUUAAAUUUAGUGUAAAUAUUCUUUCGUUUCAGCUUUUAGUGUGGAGGAGACUCGAGAGAUGCAGAGAGAAAUUAGUCAUUUGUUUCUUAUCAUUUUUUUAACUUCUUAAAACCUCUUUUGUUAUAUAAAUAACUUGUAGAUUGGAAAAAAGAAAAGAAAAUAGAGAGCUUCAUUUCAUUUUGGUAUUUCAA